AUGAUCAGCAUCGAGCACAACUGGAUGAAAACCGAAGCACAAAUAAACUUCCUUAAGAAAAUCGCCACAACCCUCGAUCCAUGCUAUCGUGAUGUGCAGUCACGUGUUCUUUCUGAGCUGGAGGGAAAGCUCAAGACUGCCACUCUUACCAUGGACCAGCUGGUCAUACAUGAGAAAGAGAAGAAAAAGGAGAAAGAAAGGGAUCUAGAUAUUCCGGCGGUGACGAAGGCUCUUGAAAAGAUGGGCCCAAGCAAGAAAGUCAAAUAUGCCUUCCAAAAAGGGAGCCUGGAGAGCAUUAGAGAUGAUCUGGAGAACUGGCAACGCCGAUUCGAUCCUUCCUGGAUGCUGACUAUGCGCAUUGCAGACUCACUCAUUGACGAAGAGCUGGAUCAAGAGGAAAGAAAGCCACAGCAAACCAAAUUCAUCAUCGCGGCGAAAGGUGUUCGUGACGCAGCCAGGGAAUCAACCUCAACUUCCAGCCCCACGGAUGGCAGCAUUUUCAAAUCCGCCACUAUUCUCACCACAGAUGAAACGUCAAUUCCAUUCUCUUCUGCACUUCUUUGCCAACUUCCUGACUCAAAAGAACAUGUACUCGUUGACACCAUGAUCUGCAACCCCAUCGCAAAUAUGGAUCGAACAAUGCGGGAUGUUCGCAAACUAGCUCGCAUCCUGUCAAAAGUUGAUCCUUCGACAUUCAGCCUCUUAGCCUGCAUAGGGGUAAUUAGGUCUUCCACAACAUGUACAAAACAACCCUUUUCGGGCGUCUAUCAAGGACAAAGCAAGGAGCAUCCAACGUUCAAAUUCCUCUUCGCCAUCCCGACUUCUCUAUCCUCGCCAAAGUCUCUCCGUGCUCUGCUAAUUGAAAGCAACCCCUGGUAUCCACUCAACAGUCGUUUUGACCUUGCCAAACAAUUGACAAGCUCUGUCCUUUUCAUACAUAGUUCGCAAUUUGUGCACAAGAACAUCCGACCUGAGACGACUAUUAUCUUUGAGAAGGGAGAAAAAUCAAGGAGCGACUUGGGCAAGUUAUUCUUGGUGGGAUUUGAGAAGUUUCGGCCCGCGGAGGGCAUUACUUAUCGAACCAGUGACGGCAUUUGGCAGCAUGAUUUGUACCGACACCCAAGUCGCCAAGGCACCCAACCAGAGGAAGAAUACCAAAUGCAACACGAUAUCUACAGUCUAGGCGUUGUCCUCCUCGAACUCGGUCUCUGGCAAUCCUUUAUCACCUACCCUAACCCACCACCCUCCAGUCCGACAUCCAGCUCCUCAUCCUCAGACACCAAGCAAGCUGAACUGGAAGACCCCACAACCCCGAUCCCGCCCGCCUUCAUCACCCAAUACGCUUCGGAAAAGGACAUGCGAAAGCGCGCUACAGCCAUUAAAGCCCACGUCAUCUCCCUCGCGUCCGAGAUGUUGCCUGCGAGGAUGGGAAGGAAGUAUGCGGAUAUCGUGUUGUUGUGUUUGCGGUGUUUGGAUAGCGCGCCUCCUUUGGGCCCAACGGUUGAGGGUGAGGGAGGGGAGGACGGCAAGGGGAGUUAUUGUGGUCCUGGAGGGGAGUUUGAAGAUGUGUUUGACGAGGAUGGGAUUGUGGUGGGUGUGAAGUAUAUAGAGAAGAUUUUGUUGAAGAUGCAGGAGAUUAGUGUUUGA